UAAGGGACAGGUUCAGCUGUGUGACCCUGUGAGGUUGGGUCAUGGGAUAUCAUAGUUUUAGAUUCAAGUAAAAUGGACCGGAGGGUCAAUUUGCCCAGGUUAAUGAGGUGUUGAGCGAGUAUUUCUGAUCUGGGUGAUCAUUGUUCAAACCGUGUUUGUAAAUUCCCCCUCACUGUCACACGCCUGCCAGACAGUGGAAAUCUAACAGAAACUCAAGAUGCUGGAGAUCUGCAGUAAAAACUGAAAAAGUUUGAAGUAAUUGUGACGAAACGUGUAAACCUGAAUCGUCAAAUUUGUUCCUCUCCCCACAGCUGUUCCUGACCCGCUGAGUGUUCCUGGUAAUUCCAGUUUCCUUUUAUUACAUUCACCCUGGACUGGUUUAUAUUUCCUGAAUUGGACCUGGUUUAAACUGGCAAUGUAAAUAGCUCGUGCUGUGAUAAUCGUACAGUAAACAAACCAUAGCUUCUCGCACUAAAUUGUUCUGGUAUCAAUUUGUCUGUUGUUCCUGGGAAUCUGUUCAGUGUAGAUGUUGCUAACAAGGUUCACAUGAAUAAUCUCAGGAAUGAUCGGCUUUAUGUAUGAGGAGCAUUUGAUGUUUCUGGAUCCUUGCUCAAUGGAGUUCAGAGGGGCGGUGGUGGUGGUGGGGGGAUGUAUGUUAAAGUAAACCUACCGAAUGCUGAAAAGCUUGGUUACAGUGGCUAUGGAGAGGAUGUUUCCAUUGGACAGAGAGUCUGUGAUCUGACAGCACCGUCUCAGAAUAAAGACGCCUACCUUUAAAAUUGUGAUGACAGACAGACUUACAUUCAGACUGACAGACUUUAUUGAUCCUGAGGGAAACUGGAUUUCGUUACAGCCGCACUAACCAAGAACAGAGUAGAAAUAUAGCAAAAUAAAACCAGAAAUAAUUAAAUAAUAAGAAGUAAAUUAUGCCAGUGGAAAUAAAUCCAGGACCAGCCUAUUGGCUCAGGGAGUCUGACACUCCGUGGGAGGCGUUGUAAUGUUUGAUGGCCACAAGUAGGAAUGACUUCCUAUGACGCUCAGUGUUACAUCUCGGUGGAAUGAGUCUCUGGCUGAAUGUACUCCUGUGCCUAACUGGUACAUUAUGGAGUGGAUGGGAGUAAUUGUCCAAGAUGGCAUGCAACUUGGACAGCAUCCUCUUUUCAGACACCACCGUCAGAGAGUCCUGUUCCACCCCCCACAACAUCACUGGCCUUACGAAUGUGUUUGUUGAUUCUGUUGGUGUCUGCUACCCUCAACCUUCUGCCCCAGCAAACAACAGCAAACACGAUAGCACUGGCCACCACAGACUCGUAGAACAACCUCAGCAGCGUCCGGCAGAUUUUAAAGGACCUCAGUCUCCUCAGGAAAUAGAGACGGCUCUGACCGUUCUUGUAGACAGCCUCAGUGUUCUUUCACCAGUCCAGUUUAUUAUCAAUUCGUAUCCCCGGGUACUUGUAAUCUUCCACCAUCUCCACACUGACCCUUUGGAUGGUAACAGGGUUGAUUGGUGCCUUGACGCUCCUCAGGUCCACCACCAGCUCCUUAGUUUUUUUUUCACAUUAAGCUGCAGAUGAUUCUGCUCGCACCAUGUGUCAAAGUUUCCCACCGUAGCCUUGUACUCAGCCUCAUCUCUCUUGCUGAUGCAUCCAACUAUGGCAGAGUGAUCAGAAAACUUCUGAAGAUUGCAAGACUCUGUGCAGUAGUUGAAGUCUGAGGUGUAGAUGGUGAAGGGAAAGGGGGGCAGGACAGUCACCUGUGGAGCCCCAGUGCUGCUGACCACUCUGUCUGACACGCAGUGUUGCAAAUGCACGUACUAUGGUCUGCCAGUCAGGUAAUCAAUAAUCCAUGACACCAGGGAAGCAACCACCUGCAUCACUGUCAGCUUCUCACCCAGUAGAGCAGGGCGGACGGUGUUGAACGCACUGGAGAAGUAAAUAAACAUGACCCUCACAAUGCUUUCCGGCUUGUCCAGGUGGGCAUAGACACGAUUCAGCAGGUAGACGAUGCAUCCUCAACUCCUAGUCGGGGCUGGUAGGCGAACUGGAGGGGGUCUAGGUGUGGCCUAACCACAGGCCGGAGCUGCUCCAGAACAAGGCAGUCCAGCGUCUUCGUGAUGCGGGAGGUCAAUGCCACCGGUCCGCAGUCAUUGCAGCCACUGGAGCGCGGCGUCUUCGGUACAGGGACGAGACAAGACGUCUCCCACAGCCCAGGAUCCCUCUGGAGACUCAGGCUCAGGUUGAAGACAUGGUGAAGUACCCCACAUAGCUGGGGGGGGCACAGGCUUUGAGCACCCUGGGGCUGACGCCAUCCGGGCCUGCAGCCUUGCUUGAGGAAAAUCUCUUCAGCCAAAGGAUGGCUGCUGUGUGGAAACUGUUGCCACAGAGGGUGGUGGAGACUGCCCUUUGCGCAUACUUAUGGCAGAUUUAAAUAUGUUCGUGAUUGCUCAAUAGCAGGAUGAAGGCAGGAAUAUGGUGUUGGAAUGAAAAUCAUGUUUGAAUGGUGGAGCAGACUCGAUGGACAGAAUCACCUAAUUCUCCUCCUACAUCUUGUGUCGGACCAUAACUGAACGAUGACUCCUUCGUAUCCCAUAUCAGGCAUUGGGAAGUGCGAGGGGAAAUUUCAGAUUUCUUCUUUGUGAUCUUCAACAUUUAACUUCGAUAAACGGAAAUAGCUUUUUUCUCCUUUGUAUUGUUAAUGUGCUUUAUUAUCUGUCCAGUUAAAGUCAGACAUGCGGUGAGAGAUUUAUUGGAAGAAAAACCGCAACUGGAAGGGAACCACGACUGAAAACGAGGGAACAGCAACAAGUGAACCAGUCCGAAGACUGAGAGCAUCAACUGGACAGAACCCUCCGGACUCAGAGAUACCAUUGAUUCGGUCAGCAGAAAAUCUGUUAGACCUGUGCUAAGGGAUUUAUUGGAUGAAAAGCCCACAACUGGAAACAAAGAAGAACUGAAGACGAGGGAACAGCAAUAAUUGAACAAGCCGAAGACUGAGAGCACCAACUGGAGAAACCCCACUGGCUCAGAGUUACCCUUCAGUCAGUCAGGAGAAAGUUUGACCAUCACCCGCAGGUGGAGCUUUUCUACACCGGGAACAAAGAGUAAACAAGGAAACAACAACCAGGAUUCGUCAGUCGGAAUCAAAAUGGCUACAGGUGGAAAAUUAAAUCGGGUCCGGGAAUUACUCAAGAGGUUUUCAGCAGGUAACUCACCGAGGGAAGAUAAUCGGCACCCCGGAAACAACGCACCAAAGCAGGGUCAGAUUGAGGGCAAUAUCCUAGUUGAAUGCAGUCCGGCUGCAGAGGAGGAGGAGCAAAGUCAGCCCAGAGACAGUGACGUCACAGACACUGAUCAGGACCCUGGAACCAGCACAAGUGAGGCGACUGCAUGUCAGCUCGGAAGCUCAUUUAAAACUGAACUGCCAAGUCCCCAACAAGGAGUUGAUUCCAAAUCUACGAUCUCAGAUUUCAUGACACAGUGCGAAGAUUAUCAGCUGCUCCACCUGACUAUUUUCUACCGAGAGAGACUGAAACCUGCGAUUGAAGCACGUGUAGAAGCACUCAGCUGGACGUUGAGACAGGAGGGACAAUUCAGUGAACAGGAACACGAGGAAGUCAAGGAGCUUGCGGAGUGGGGAAACCGGACAGAGAGUUCCAAACUCUUCCUCAGUCUGGUGACGGAGAAAGGCGCCAAGGCCCAGAGAAUGAUGUGGGAAUCCUUUGUGGAAGUGAGGAAGGAGUUACCAAAGUUGGAAAGGAUACUGAAGGAAAUCCAGGAAUUUGGUCCUGAUCCAUAUGAACAUAUGAUUGUCAGCCGAGGCUUUUGUGAGCUAUCUUCGCAACUCAAGGAUGUUCAGCAGAAACACAAGGAGACCCUGCGGGCACAAACUGAAAUACUGAGAGUGAACACGACCCUGAUGAGGGAGAAGGUGAAGGUUUUCCAGCUGGUUAAUCGAUACGCUGAGCUCACGGUCAUUUCUACUGUUCGAGAUCGGAGACUGGUGGAACAUGAGCUGCUGGCAAGAGGCAAAGACCAUGAAAAAUGGAGAAAGAAACAUCUCUGUGGAGAGCUGGAAAAAAUCCGGACUGAUCAGUUGUUCCAGAGCAGCUUUUCCCGGAGUAAAACCAAAUCUAGUAGUUCAGCAGCAGUGGCUGGAGUCCCGGGGAUCGGGAAAACAACAAUGGUACAAAAGAUUGUUUAUGACUGGGCAACAGGGAAAAUAUACCAACAGUUCCAGUUUGUCUUCAGUUUCAAAUUCCGGGAUUUAAACUCCAUUAACUGUCGAAUAAACCUGAAGGAACUGAUUCUGGAUCAGUAUCCUUACUUUGGGAAUAUCCUGAGAGAGAUCUGGAAGAACCCAGAGGGAUUGCUGUUUAUAUUCGAUGGUUUAGAUGAAUCCAAAGACAAAAUUGAUUUUGCUGACAGUCGGAGAGAUACAGAACCCAAGCACCAGUGUCCAGAUCCGGAGUGGUGGUGUGAAGUGUCUGACAUUGUGUACAGUUUAAUCCAGGGCAAGCUGCUCCCAGGGUGUUCAGUGCUGGUGACGACCCGCCCCACUGCGUUACAUUUAUUGGAAAAGGCGUAUAUCAGUGUCUGGGCUGAAAUCCUGGGAUUUGUUGGUGAGGAACGGAAGGAAUAUUUCAUCAGACAUUUUGAAGAUCAGACAGUGGCAGAAGCUGUUUUCAAACAUGUGAAGGAGAACGAGAUCCUGUACACCAUGAGCUACAACCCCUCCUACUGCUGGAUCCUUGCUCUGGCACUGGGCCCCUUUUUCACACAAAGAGUCAGGGACCCGCAGCGAGUUCCCAAGACCAUCACUCAACUGUACACCUACUAUAUUUACAACGUCCUGAAAAAUCACGGCCGUGAGAUUGAGAACGCCCGUGAUGUGUUACUCAGGGUUGGUCAGAUGGCCUUCAGAGGGGUGUCGGAGAGGAAGAUUGUGUUUACAGAUGGAGAUUUGAUCAAGUACAAUCUGCAGCCUUCCCAGUUCCUGUCCGGGUUCCUGAUGGAGCUUUUGGAGAGAGAGGAUUCUGCCCGGAGCGUGGUGUACACAUUCCCACACCUCACGAUCCAAGAGUUUGUAGCUGCAGUCGCACAAUUCCUGAAUCCACAUCCCGGGGAUAUCCUGAAAUUCCUCACUGAACUCCACAGCACGACAGAUGGGCGAUUUGAGGUAUUUCUCCGUUUUGUUGCUGGUCUCUCCUACCCAAUGACAGCUCGGGGCCUGGAGGAGUUUCUGGGUCCAUUUCCCAAUGAAACAACCUGCCGGGUGAUUGACUGGGUGAAGGAGGAGAUUCAACGCCAGAGUGGAAACACAGAGAGUGAAGCUGGUAAAAGGAGCCUCCUGAACACAUUGCACUACCUGUUUGAGUCUCAGAAUCGUGGACUGGCUCAGGCUGCUCUGGGAUCAGUGGAAGCACUUUCAUUCAGUGGAAUGACACUGACCCCUAUUGACUGCGCGGUCCUGUCUCAUGUCAUUGGACUCUGUGAUACAAUAAAAAACCUUGACCUGGACAACUGCCGCAUUCAGUCUGAAGGAAUCCAACGGCUGGGACCCGGGCUGCACAAGUGCCAGGAGUUGGGCCUAGGGGAUAAUAAACUUGGAGAUUCAGGCGUGAAACUGGUGUCUGCGGCUCUGAGGAACCCAGAGUGUAAAAUACAGGAACUUUGGCUAAACCGUGUCGGUCUCUCAGAUUCUGGUGCCGAGGAUCUCGCCUCCGCUCUCAGUACAAUCCCUUCACUGAUGGGGCUGCAUCUGAGUUAUAAUAACCUGGGAGAUUCAGGAGUGAAACUGGUGUCUGCGGCUCUGAGCAAUCCGGAGUGUAAAAUACAGAAACUGGAGCUGAACUAUGUCGGUCUCACAGAUUCUGGUACUAAGGAUCUCGUCUCCGCUCUCAGUACGAACAGAUCACUGAUGGAGCUAAACCUGGGAUCAAACUUGCUGACAGACCGAUCUGUCCCCACUGUCCGCCGCCUCAUACAGACCCUCCGGAGUCUGAUGUGGAUCAGGCUGGACUGGAAUCGGUUCAGUGAGACCGGGAUGAAGGAACUGAGAUCUCUGCAGGAACCCAGACCCGGACUGAGAGUGGAUCUGUGGACAUCUGAAUGUGGUGAAUCGGUUCAGUGAGACCGGGAGGAAGGAACUGAGAUCUCUGCUGGAACCCGAACCCCGACUGAAAUUGGAUCUGUGAACAUCCCCGCCGGCGGGAUCGACAUUUUGGCCGAUUAUGCCCGGCCUCACCUUUAAUUUCUGCAAUUACCUUUAAUGAGCACCCGCCAGGUUUAAUUCUAAAUCUAAUUCUAACGUACGUGGCUCCAGUCUCACGCUCUGUGACAUCUGAAGUGUUUCCGUAGUGAUGUAUUUCCGCCUGUCGUCCGGCGUCGCAACAGCCGCCGGAUGUCCGGGUUCAUGACUUCCCUCACGUAAGAACCUGGUAAUUACACAGGCAGGAAGUGUCUGGGGCCCAGGGCUCAAUUUGGGACGUCAGUGUCCCGGGGUGGGAUUAUCCCAGGAGAGAAUCCUUUUGCUCCCUUUGCUGAGGACGGUGCAUUCAGCAGUGUGACCCAUAUAAUAAUGUUAGAUGGACAAAUCCUUCAGCAGAAACCUGCAGCGAUCUCGGAUACGGCCCUGAAGUGCGAUUUCAUCGUCAUCUAUGAUGUUCCCCGAUGCAGAGUGACGGUGAGAAACGGGACUGAUUAUUCAAACUGUCACUCGUUGUCGCCGGUCAGUUAAUUGUGUGUGACUGUGAGUGAGUCGGGAGCAGCUUAUUUAUUCCCGCACGUCAGCAGCUCACACAUUGUUUAAUUUACAUUUGUCAUGAUGAAAUCAAUAAACCACUGUAACUUCC